AUGGCUGGAAGGCUUAGCUUCGGACUGGUCACCCUAACUGUAGGGUUCACUCUGGCCGAAGUCCCGGUGCUGCACAUUUACAGCGGACACAUACCAAUCGAACAUGUUACUGGAAAUGUCCCUAUUCGUCAAUUUGUUGUUGGUCAACCGUACACGUUCGAAAUUUUCAUGGAGAACGUUCUGCAGCAAGACUACAUCGUGGAUACUUGCUCACUCAAUGGCAGGACCUUCAUUGAUGCUAACGGACCUCGACGUGAUCAAGAAGACGCUUUUGUAAUGUGUGGUGGAGGGCAGAGCCUCCUAGUGGAAACUGCAUUGUAUGCUAAGACGCACCGAUGUUUUAUAGCUCGCAGUAUUUGA